AUGCGACCGAGUAGUCUCGGAUAUGCGAGUGAAACGAGCCAGUCUUGCUACUAUCCCGGCAAGGAGACGAUCGGCCGAGAGGAGAUAGAAGCUGUUACCAAACUCAUGGAAACUUUGAACAUCGAUCCAGAGAAUACUCGGCUUACUAAAGUAGUUCGUUCUUGCGCACCUGGAAGCGAGGAGUCCCUUGUAUUCGAAAUCCUACAGGCAUCAGCAGAAGAAGAUCCCGAACCCUCUUUUCUCGCUGAUAUCGAGGUCGGCAGCAAGCAUUUAGGGAAAGUGUUUCUGCGCCGUGGCGACCAUUCUGUGGAAAUGACCAAGAUCUGCGCAGAUCUCGCUGAGGCUAGCAAAUACGCUGCCAAUGACACCCAGAAGCUCGCACUCUCGCAAUUGAUUGAAACAUUCCGGACAGGAAACUAUCAGGCGUUUCAGGCAGCUCAGCAGACAUGGGUGCAGGAUAGAGCGCCUCCAGUAGAACACUGCAUGGGCUUCCUUUUCGGCUACCGAGACCCUUACGGAAUGAGAGCGGAGUGGCAAGGUUCGGCCGGUAUUGCUGACACCAGUGAGGCAAAGAAAAUGAGCUUGCUCGUUGAAAAGUCUACAGAAAUUACUCGUACUCUCCCCUGGGCCGUCCCAGGCGAUAACAAUGGCAAAGGCCCGUUCGAACCAAGUGAACUAGAUGUUCCCGACUUUGCCGUCAUUCAUGCGCUCGCGUCCGUUUCAAGCACUGUUUGGGAAGCUACAAACAUCACUCUGGAUGACAAAGACGGGAAGAGACAUGGCGUUAAAAACAUGGUGUACGGCAAUCGUAUGAAUCUCAACAGUAGGCCAGGCCGUCCGUGCUAUUACGUUCAAGUCUCUGAGUCGAAGGCUUUCAUGAAUGCGGUUCACAUAUGCCGCCUCAUCUCAACAGCCACGCACGAGCUCAUCGGCCACGGAACCGGGAAGCUUUUGGCCGAGAUAGAGUCUGAUAGGUACAACUUCGACCAUACGAGCCCUCCAAUUAGUCCCAUCACAGGUAUGCCUGUGAACACUUGGUACAAGCCUGGAGAGUCUUGGAUCAGUGUUUUUGGGAAGCUAGCUCCAACGGUGGAAGAGUGCAGAGCAUUUCUCAUUGCGGACUAUUUGACAGACAACAAGAGUAUCCUAGCGUUAUUUGGGUAUAAUGAGCUCAGUUCUCCAUCCGCAGACGACAUAAUUUAUUACACCUAUCUUGAGAUUGGAGUUGAAGGUCUUCGAUCACUAUCCAGCUUCAACGCCAAGGAUAAAACCUGGGGAGGGGACCAUGAUCGGGCAAAAUUCGCAGUCCUCAAACACCUUCUUCGUGAUAGCGGUGGCUUCAUGGCAAUCGAACAUGACCCUGUUGCCAAAACACUCUUUGUGAAAGUUGACCGCUCCAAGAUCCUGUCUCACGGUAAACCUUCCAUUGGUCGGAUGCUGUGCAAGAUUCAUGUUUGGCGCUCGACUGCAGAUAUCGAGGCUUGCCGACCGUAUUACGAGGAUCUCAGCGCUGUCGAUGGCGAGUUCGAGAAAUGGAGGCAAGUCGUCGCAGCCAAUUAUGAACCGAAGUGGAAGUUCGUGCAACCCAACACGUUCAUCAACCCUGAUGGAUCGGUGGAGAUCAGAGAAUACGAGGCGAGCAAUGCGGGGAUCAUCAAGUCUUUUUUUGAGCGUGGUAUUUGA